AUGCCCCAGCAUCCUGAUGCCCCUGACAUGCAGUAUGUCCCCCAGCAGCAGAGGAUCCAAACGAGCUCAACGCUGACCAUGGCCAUGCGAGCACAGAAGAUGGGGUGUGCUUGGCUUUGCCUGCUGCUCUCCCUCCUCUUCCAGCUGCCGGGCUCCCAGGCCAAAUGCUACUUCCAAGCUAAAGCUCCCUGCGAGUACGAGGGGAAGCAGUUCUCCCUUGGGGAGUCGUGGCUGAGCACCAACUGCCUGCUCUGUACCUGCCUGCACCCCGUCGGCGUGGGCUGCUGCGAGACUACCCAGCACCCCAUUGACUUCCCUGACUGGUGUGAAGCCCACUAUGACUCACAGACGUGCCAGAUCUCGGUGGUGCAGAAGGCCAACCCCAGCCUGCCCUGUGUGAAGAGCCUGGAGCAUGAGUGGGGCUCACCCGGCACCCCCGAGCCGCUCAUCAACAAGGUGCUGGGUGCAAGACUGAGCAGAUAA